AUGUCACGGGAAAAAAUUAAUGAUUCAAGAAGUGGUUAUGAUUUCCAUUAUCUUAUGCAAGAAAUAGCAAAAGUGAUAGAUAAAAAAAUAGUGCCGAUAGCAAAUAAUUCAGAACAAUAUAUUACUUUCUUGGUUGGUCAACUUCAAUUUAUUGAUAGUUUGAAAUUUUCAUUACCUGGUUUAGCUAAGAUGGCAGAAAACUUAUGUGAUGAAAAGAAGGGCCAAACUAAAACACCAGAACAAUUAGCAAAAUGUUUUCCAAUUAUGUCAAAAUUCAUCUCACCUCAUUUAUUAUCAUUGCUUACAUGUAAAGGAAUAUUCCCAUAUCAGUGGUUAACUAGUAAAAACAAAUUCAAAGAAACGCAACUACCUUCUUGA